UGCGAGUGUUAAUCCGCUAGAGGACGCCAUUUUAGAUUAAUCCGUCAGAGAAGCCGGUUGUUUGUAACUUGUGAAGAGAAAUUCGUUUAGGAUUAAUAGGUUGUGGCCCGCCAGACGGUGGACAUAGACAUCAAACAUGACGCAAGUAUUGCCAAUUAGAUUCCAGGAGCAUUUACAGCUCACAAAUAUUGGUAUUAAUGCUGCAAACAUUGGCUUUAAUACAUUAACAAUGGAAUCAGAUAAAUUCAUAUGUGUUAGAGAAAAAGUUGGCGAAUCUGCCCAAGUAGUAAUUAUUGAUAUGAGCAAUCCUACUAAUCCUAUCAGAAGACCAAUUUCUGCCGAUUCUGCUAUUAUGAAUCCAGCUUCUAAAGUUAUUGCUUUGAAAGCUAUGAGAACACUUCAGAUCUUUAAUAUUGAAAUGAAGAGCAAAAUGAAAGCACAUACAAUGAAUGAAGAUGUUGUUUUUUGGAAGUGGAUAAACGUUAAUACUAUUGCCUUGGUCACAGAGACAGCCGUGUUUCAUUGGAGUAUGGAAGGAGAUUCUCAACCAUCAAAGAUGUUUGAUAGACAUUCAAGUUUAAAUGGAUGUCAAAUAAUAAAUUACAGAACAGAUCAUAAACUUCAGUGGCUGUUAUUAAUAGGCAUAUCAGCACAGCAAAAUAGAGUAGUAGGUGCCAUGCAAUUAUAUUCAGUAGAAAGGAAGGUAAGUCAGCCUAUUGAAGGUCAUGCAGCUGCAUUUGCCCAAUUUAAAUUAGAAGGAAAUCCGGAAAUAUCUACUCUAUUCUGUUUUGCUGUGAGAUCUGCUCAAGGAGGAAAGCUGCACAUAAUAGAGGUUGGACAACCUCCGGCUGGUAAUCAGCCAUAUCCAAAAAAAGCAGUUGAUGUGUUUUUUCCUCCAGAAGCUCAGAAUGAUUUUCCUGUUGCUAUGCAAGUUAGUCCAAAACAUGAUGUAAUUUAUUUAAUAACAAAAUAUGGAUAUAUUCAUCUUUAUGAUUUAGAAAGUGGAAUUUGUAUUUAUAUGAACCGUAUCACAGCAGACACUAUCUUUGUAACUGCACCACAUGAUGCUUCUUCUGGUAUCAUUGGUGUUAACAGGAAAGGACAGGUCUUGUCUGUGUGUGUGGAAGAAGAAAGCAUUAUUCCAUAUAUCAAUAAUAUUCUGCAAAAUCCUGAUCUGGCAUUGAGGAUGGCUGUAAGAAAUAACCUUUCUGGUGCAGAAGAACUUUUUGUUCGUAAAUUUAAUUCACUCUUCACUGGCGCACAGUAUGCUGAAGCUGCUAAAGUUGCUGCCAAUGCACCUAAAGGAAUUUUACGAACUCCUCAAACUAUUCAAAGAUUCCAACAAGUACCCACUCAACAAGGACAAACUUCACCAUUACUUCAGUACUUUGGAAUAUUGUUAGAUCAGGGGCAGCUAAAUAAAUUUGAAUCUUUGGAAUUAUGUCGACCCGUCCUGCAACAGGGAAGAAAACAGUUACUAGAAAAAUGGCUGAAAGAUGACAAAUUGGAGUGUAGUGAAGAACUUGGUGAUCUUGUUAAACAAGUUGAUCCAACUUUAGCAUUAUCUGUGUAUCUUAGAGCUAACGUUCCAAAUAAAGUUAUACAAUGUUUUGCUGAAACAGGACAAUUUCAAAAAAUAGUUCUUUAUGCUAAGAAAGUAGGUUACACACCUGAUUAUAUUACACUCUUAAGACAAGUAAUGAGAAUCAACCCUGAUCAAGGAACAUCCUUUGCACAAAUGUUGGUACAAGAUGAGGAACCACUGGCUGAUAUUAAUCAGAUAGUUGAUGUAUUUAUGGAACAAAAUUUAGUACAGCAAUGUACUGCUUUCUUAUUGGAUGCUUUAAAAAAUAAUCGCCCUUCUGAAGGACACCUGCAAACAAGAUUACUUGAAAUGAAUCUAAUGACUGCACCUCAGGUAGCUGAUGCCAUCUUAGGAAAUCAGAUGUGUACCCAUUAUGAUAGAGCGCACAUUGCUCAAUUAUGUGAAAAAGCAGGCUUGCUUCAGAGAGCACUUGAACAUUAUACGGAUUUGUAUGAUAUUAAACGAGCAAUUGUCCAUACACACCUGUUAAAUCCUGAGUGGUUAGUGAAUUAUUUUGGUUCCUUAUCUGUUGAAGAUUCAAUUGAAUGCUUGAAAGCCAUGUUAAGUCAUAACAUCAGACAAAAUCUUCAGAUUUGUGUUCAAGUUGCUACUAAAUAUCAUGAACAGUUAACAACUGCAGCUUUGAUUGAUUUAUUUGAAUCUUUUAAAAGUUAUGAAGGCCUUUUUUAUUUUCUUGGAUCAAUUGUCAAUUUUAGUCAAGAUCCAGAAGUCCACUUUAAGUAUAUUCAGGCGGCAUGUAAAACUGGUCAAAUAAAAGAAGUUGAAAGGAUUUGUCGAGAAAGCAAUUGUUAUAAUCCGGAAAGAGUAAAAAACUUUUUGAAGGAAGCUAAAUUAACUGAUCAGUUACCUCUUAUUAUUGUUUGUGACAGAUUUGAUUUUGUUCAUGAUCUUGUUUUGUAUUUAUAUCGAAAUAAUUUGCAAAAAUAUAUUGAAAUUUAUGUACAAAAGGUCAACCCAUCACGUUUACCAGUUGUUGUUGGUGGAUUACUUGAUGUUGAUUGUUCAGAAGAUGUAAUUAAGUCCCUUAUUAUGGUAGUGAGAGGACAAUUUUCAACAGAUGAACUUGUAGAAGAAGUUGAGAAAAGAAAUAGGUUGAAACUUCUGUUAUCUUGGCUUGAAAUGAGAGUUCAUGAAGGUUGUAAUGAGGCGGCUACUCAUAAUGCCCUAGCAAAGAUUUACAUUGACUCAAAUAAUAAUCCAGAACGUUUUCUAAAGGAGAAUCAGUUCUAUGACAGCAGAGUUGUUGGAAAGUAUUGUGAGAAAAGGGAUCCCCAUCUUGCAUGUAUUGCAUAUGAGCGAGGCCAGUGUGAUAGAGAACUGAUUAAAGUAUGCAAUGAGAAUUCUCUCUUUAAAAGUGAAGCUCGUUAUUUAGUAAGGAGGAGAGAUCCAGAAAUGUGGGCAGAAGUGCUAAAUGAAAACAAUCCUUAUCGUCGCCAGUUAAUUGAUCAGGUUGUCCAAACAGCACUCUCUGAAACUCAAGAUCCAGAAGAUAUUUCUGUAACUGUGAAAGCAUUUAUGACUGCAGAUUUGCCAAAUGAAUUGAUAGAACUAUUAGAAAAGAUUGUUUUAGAAAAUUCUGUUUUCAGUGACCACAGGUAAGAAAUAGUUUUAAAUAUGA